AUACACUUCUGGCUCAGCUCGUUUGAAGCUUGUUAUCUUGCUAUUUUUAAUUAAUUAAUUUGUUUAUUUAUUGAUUUAUUUGUUUAAUUUUUUUUUUUUAUAUUCAUGCACAGUUCUUAAGAAGAAACGUGAGCAGUUUAAUCUGAUUGAAAAUGAAUCAGAGGAGUGGAUUUCAGUGAAGAAAGAAACCAAACUUCAAGACCCAACAUUCUUCUUCUUCUUCUUCAUUCUCAUCCCUUCUCUUCUUCAUCUCAGUAAUUAUUAAUACUGGUAGUGGUGGUGUUGGUGGUUAGAUAUGGAAGUUGGCUUGCAUGUGCAGAGCCCCGUGAGUUGCAGGGGUCUGUUUCAAGAGAGAGGUAGCUUGAAGAUCAAACCAUUUUCUGGAUUUUUCUUGCACCAUCGAAGAACUUCUCGAUUCUGUCAAUUUACUCCAUUAGGCAUCAAUUACUCUGCAGGGGGUAUUUCUCAUGGAAUCACUGCAAGCUCAGAUUUUUCAAGGAGAAAACCCAGAAGAACGUCUGUCCCGAGGUCUAGAGGUCCUGGUCCAAAGGGAUUCGUGCCGAAAACACCUAUGGAAACAAGCUCCCAGAAGAAAGAUUCCAGAAACAAUGCUGGCAAAGACGGCACUGGUACUGCCACAUCAACUGAAUUACGAGGUCCUGGCAAGAAACAACCUGAAGUGAGAAUUGAUACAGACCAAAAAUUGGAAGUUGAACAUUCUCAUAUCAAAAUUGUCGAGGAAGCCCAAAAAGAAGAAGAGGAAAUACCAUCAAAGAAUAAACAGUUAAAUGUGCUUGGGAGCGGUCAAUCAACUGAAAAUGGAAGUUUAGGAAGGAUAGAUGAUGAUGUGGCUCUCUUAGAGGAGAAUGUAAUAAUUUCUAGAAGUGAUAUUGAAAAUGCGGUUGGUGAAUUAUGUUCAGAAGGUGCUGAAAGGGAUGCUGAUGAAGUGGCUGGUGGAUUAGGUUCAGAAGGCUCUGAAAGUGAUGCUGAGGAUGUGGCUGAUGAAGUAGCUUUAGAGGAGAAGCAUUCGGAUAUUGGAAAGAGGAAUGACAUAUUUAAAAAUGAAAGCAUUGAGAAGGAUGAAACAGGAACUAAAGAUGAUUCUGAAAAAUUAAAAUUGAAGAUGGAAGCGACCAAACGUAAACAGGAGAUUGAAGCACUUGCCUAUGAUAAUUUCUCAAAGGGCAAUAAAAUGUUUGUUUAUCCCCAAGUUGUGAAACCUGAUCAAGAUGUAGAAGUGUUCCUUAAUAGAAGUCUUUCCACUCUGAAAAAUGAGCCGGAUUUGUUGAUUAUGGGAGCUUUCAAUGAUUGGCGAUGGAAACAAUUUACCAGGAGAUUGAACAAAACCCAUCUGGCAGGGGAUUGGUGGUCUUGCCUACUUCAUGUUCCAAUGGAAGCAUAUAAGAUGGAUUUUGUCUUUUUUAAUGGGCAAAGCAUCUUUGAUAAUAAUGAAGAGAAGGACUUUUGCAUACCUGUGGAAGGAGGAAUGGAUAUCAUUGCAUUUGAAGAUUUUUUGCUUGAGGAGAAACGUAGGGAGCUAGAGAAACUUGCAGAGGAGCAAGCUGAAAAGGAAAGACAAGAGGAAGAGCAGAGGAGGAGAGAAGCAGAGAAGGCUGCAAGUGAAGCUGAUAGAACACAAGCAAAGACGGAGACUGGAAGGAGGCGGGAAAUUUUUCAACAGGUGAUGAAAAAGGCUGCAAGGUCAGUUGAGAACAUUUGGUAUAUAGAACCUAGUGAAUUUAAGGGUGAGGACAGGGUUAAGUUAUAUUAUAGAAAAAGUUCAGGUCCUCUUGCUAAUGCUAAGGAACUGUGGGUUCAUGGGGGAUACAAUAACUGGAAGGAUGGAUUGUCCUUUGCUGAGAGGCUUGUCAACUCUGAGACAAAAGGGGCUGAUUGGUGGUAUGCUGAAGUUAUUGUGCCUGAUCGAGCCAUUCUCUUGGAUUGGGUCUUUGCUGAUGGACCGCCUCAAGAGGCUACUUUGUAUGACAACAAUCAUCAACAAGAUUUCCAUGCUGUUGUCCCGAAAUGCAUUCCUGAAGAACUGUAUUGGGCCAAGGAAGAACAUCUGAUAUUUACAAAACUUCAGGAGGAGAGGAUGUUAAGAGAGGAGGCUAUGCGUGCCAAGGCAGAAAAAACAGCUCGUAUGAAAGCAGAAACAAAGGAAAGAACAUUGAAAAACUUUCUGCUGUCUCAAAAGCACAUAGUUUAUACUGAGCCUCUUGAUGUUCAAGCAGGAAGCACUGUCACAGUAUUUUAUAAUCCAGCCAAUACAGUUUUGAAUGGAAAACCUGAAGUUUGGUUCAGAUGUUCAUUUAAUCGUUGGACUCACCGUAUGGGUACUUUGCCACCACAAAAGAUGUUGCUGGCAGAUAAUGGUCCUCAUGUAAAAUCCACUGUAAGAGUGCCACUGGAUGCAUAUAUGAUGGAUUUUGUAUUCUCCGAGAGGGAAGAUGAUGGAGUUUUUGACAACAAAAAUGGCACAGAUUACCAUAUACCUGUGCUGGGAGGAGUUGCAAAGGAGCCACCAAUGCACAUUGUGCAUAUUGCUGUGGAGAUGGCCCCGAUUGCAAAAGUUGGAGGCCUGGGCGAUGUUGUCACUAGUCUAUCGCGUGCUGUUCAAGAUUUAAACCACAAUGUCAACAUCAUACUUCCGAAGUAUGACUGUUUGAACCUUAGCAAUGUCAAAGACUUUCACUACGAUAGAGGCUUUCACUGGAGCGGGACUGAAAUAAAAGUUUGGUUUGGGAAGGUGGAAGGUCUUUCAGUUUACUUUUUGGAGCCUCAAAAUGGAUUAUUUUCACGUGGAUGUGUAUAUGGUUGUGGGGAUGAUGGACAGAGGUUUGGUUUCUUUUGUCACGCUGCUCUUGAAUUUCUACAACAAGGGGGAUUUCAUCCUGAUAUUAUCCACUGCCAUGACUGGUCCAGUGCUCCAGUAGCAUGGUUGUUUAAGGACUAUUACAUGCAUUAUGGUCUUAGUAAAACUCGAAUUGUCUUCACAAUACAUAAUCUAGAAUUUGGUGCACCGCUCAUUGGCAAAGCUAUGGCGUACUCAGACAAGGCUACAACUGUAUCCCACACUUACUCUAAAGAAGUUGCUGGAAAUCCUGCAAUUGCUCCCCACCUUCACAAAUUUCAUGGUAUAGUAAAUGGAAUUGACCCAGAUAUAUGGGAUCCCUGCAAUGAUAAGUUCAUUCCUGUAUCAUACACUUCAGAAAAUGUUGUCGAAGGCAAAAGAGCUGCCAAGCAAGCCUUGCAGCAAAGGCUUGGUUUGGAAAUAUCUGAUCUCCCUUUAGUAGGAAUUAUUACUCGGUUGACUCAUCAAAAAGGAAUCCAUCUUAUUAAACAUGCAAUAUGGCGUACCUUAGAACGUAGUGGACAGGUUGUGCUGCUUGGUUCGGCUCCAGAUCCUCGAAUCCAAAAUGACUUUGUCAACUUGGCCAAUCAACUGCAUUCUUCUCAUGGUGGCCAUGCUCGCCUCUGUUUGACUUAUGAUGAGCCCCUUUCUCAUUUGAUAUAUGCUGGUGCUGAUUUUAUUCUAGUCCCUUCAAUCUUUGAGCCAUGUGGACUCACACAACUGAUAGCUAUGAGAUAUGGGUCAAUACCAGUUGUUCGAAAGACUGGAGGACUUUACGACACUGUAUUUGAUGUUGACCACGAUAAAGAUAGAGCAGAAGCACAAGGUCUUGAACCAAAUGGAUUUAAUUUUGAUGGAGCUGAUAGUGCUGGAGUUGAUUAUGCUCUCAAUAGGGCAAUUUCUGCUUGGUAUGAUAGUCGGGAUUGGUUUAACUCACUAUGCAAGAAGGUGAUGGAGCAAGAUUGGUCAUGGAACCGCCCUGCUCUUGACUACAUGGAGCUCUACCAUGCAGCACGGAAGGGAAAAUAAGAAAUUCAUCAGUUCGUGGAGAGUGACAUGGAGCUCUUUGUGGUCCCACAAUGUACAGGUUUAGUGUGUUAUUUUCUUGGGUGCUUCUCAUUCAAAAACUUGAUUAGUUGCAUAUGGCAAUUGUAUAUCAGAACGACAGAAGGUUGCACCGCUUUGGUAGAGCCUAAAAUGUUUCAUCCAUUUUUGUGUAGAAUAAAACACUAGAUUGUUUUUUGACAACAUGGUCUAUUAUUUUAUUGGAAAUAAUUUGCAAUCUUC